AUGAAUAUAGAUUUAUCUCUCUCCUUUUCUCUCUCCUUCUAUCUUUCUCAUUCUCUCUCAUUCUUUCUUUCUUUCUUUCUUCCUUUCUUUCUUUCUUUCUUUCUUUCUUUCUUUCUUUCUCAUUCUCUCUCAUUCCCUCUCCUUUCUUUCACAUUCUCUCUCCUUCUUUCUCACUCAUUCUCUCUCUCCUUCUCUCUCUUAUUCUCUCUCUUUCUCCUCCUCUCUCUCCUUCUCUCUAUUUCUCUCUCCAAUUUUCUCUCUCCCCUCUCUCAUUCUCUCUUCCCUUCGCUAUUUCCUUCUCUCUCUCCUUUUCUCUCUCAUUCUCACUCCUUCUCACUCCCAUUCUCUCCUUCUCUCUCUCUCUUCUUCUUCUCUCUCUCUCAUUCUCUCUCUCAUUCUCUCUCUCCUCUCUCCCAUUCUCUCUCCCCUUCUUUCUCUCCUUCUCUCUCUUCUACUAUGUCUCCUUCUUUCUCUCUCCUUCUCUCGCUCUCUCUCUCUCAUAGACACUUUUUCUUUUGUGACAUUUCCUUACCUUCUUUCUCUGUUUCAGUCUUUAAAUCCUCUUACCUCCCUUACCUCAGCAAACACCUUUUCCUCAAUUUUUUUUCUCUUCCAUUUCAAUUUUUGGAUAUAUUUAUCAACACUUUUUUCGCAUUCUCUUUGAAUUUACUCCCUUUCUUUCACUUCACACGUUUUUCUCUUCAUCCCAAGUCAACAGACACGGCUUUCCUUUCCUUUUUUUUUUCUUCUAAUUUUUACCCCGUAUAUUCCUUUUUUUUUUAUUUCACUAGACACGCUAUUAUUAUUUUUUUUUUUAUUCUCCUCCUUUUCCUCUUUUUUUUUUUUAAAACAAUGCGGAUCGUUGUCGCCAAGCAGUCAUGUUUUUCGUUACGGAUUUUUAAGCCGAGGAAUCAAACAGAGAAACCCCCUUCUAGCGUUCAUUUGUAG